GGAUGAGCUACUGCACCCAAGACACAAUACUCUUUGACUUCUAAUUAGUCCUUCCAGCAAUUGUUAUUUAUAGAAGAUGGGCCCAUCUUUUGGGAACUUGACAUUCCAGUCCAAAAUAACAGAAUCAGCUGAUAUUGUUGUUGGAAUAUGUUAUAUGGUAUUUGGAAUAUUCUCCUUGUGUGGGAACAGUAUUCUCCUAUAUGUCUCCUACAAGAAAAAGAAUUUUUUGAAACCAGCAGAAUACUUCAUUAUUAACCUUGCCGUCAGUGACCUUGGUAUGACUCUGACAUUGUACCCUCUAGCUGUAACCUCCAGCCUUUCACACAGCUGGCUGUAUGGGAAACAGAUUUGCUUGUUCUAUGCAUUUUGUGGGGUGCUGUUUGGGAUCUGCAGUCUCUCAACACUGACAUUACUGAGCACUGUGUGCUGCCUCAAAAUUUGUUUUCCAGCUCAUGGAAACAGGUUCAGGAGAGAACAUGGACAAAUCUUGAUAGCCUGUGCUUGGACUUACGCAGGAGUUUUUGCCUGUUCUCCCCUAGCUCACUGGGGAGAAUACGGAGCAGAGCCCUAUGGCACAGCCUGCUGCAUUGACUGGCGUUCCACCAACGAAAAUGCUGUGGCCAUGUCUUACACCAUAGUCCUCUUUGUUUUCUGUUUUAUCCUCCCUUGUGGAGUAAUUGUCACUUCCUACUCUCUUAUUCUGGUAACUGUGAAAGAAUCCAGGAAGGCAGUGGAACAGCACAUCUCUGGCCCAACCAGGAUGACCAACGCACAAACCAUUACUGUCAAGCUGAGUAUUGCUGUGUGCAUUGGAUUUUUUGCUGCCUGGAGCCCUUAUGCCAUCAUUGCCAUGUGGGCAGCUUUUGGAUCAAUAGAUAAGAUUCCUCCGUUAGCCUUUGCUGUGCCAGCUGUCUUUGCAAAGUCCUCCACACUCUACAAUCCAGUUAUCUACCUCCUCCUGAAGCCCAGUUUCCGAAACACCAUCGCCAAAGAUUUCACAUUUUUUCAUCAGUUCUGUAUCAGUUGUUUUUGUGUCAAGGCACCGCAGAACUACAGAUCAACUUUGAACACGAGCCUGAGAACAUUUAAGGGCAGAAAUGAAUCCAGCUGUAAUUCUCUGCCAAUUGUGGAAGAAUGUUCUUUUUUCCCUCGUGAAAAGCACAGUGAUACUUUCAAAUGCUUUCAAAGCUAUCCAAAAUGCUGCCAGGAGAGGCUAAGCGGUAUGGAAUGCCCUCCUCAAGAAACUGUGUCCUCGGAGAGCAACCUCCAAGCAAAAGUGGCCAAUAAGAAGUCAGUAAAGGUGGUUGUGCAGGGAGAAAAAAGCACAGAGUCUGAUACCUUGGAAAUCACCUUGGAAGCAGUACCUGUGCAUCAUACACUUACAGACCUCUAG